AUGGAGAAGUGCUCCUUUGCCCAAACUGGGGUAUCAUUUCUAGGGCAUAGGUUUGUUGACGGAAGGAUCCAUAUGGAUGAAAGCAAAGUACAAGCCAUCGCUAAGUGGGAGUCGCCUAAGAAUGUAUCCGAGCUACAAUCAUUCUUAGGCCUAAUAAACUACUAUCGCAGAUUCAUCUCAAGGUACUCGUCUAGAGCUACACCACUAACCGACCUUCUAAAAAAGAAAGUAAAUUGGGAAUGGACCCAGAAGUCUCAAAGAACAUUUGAUGACUUAAAGAACGCAGUCACGAAAUUACCUGUCUUGAAGCUUCCAGACUACUCCAAACCCUUCUUAGUACAAACCGACACAUCAGACUUUACGAUAAGAGUUUUCUUGAUACGAGGAGAGCAUCCGGUGGUCUAUGAAAGUCGGAAAUUUGAAUGA